UAAAGCUGGAAUCGCCAUUUUGUCAAGGAUAUUGUUUAUUGAUAGUGUAACAAGGGUAAAAGGUUAUGUGAAUAUUCACCAAAAUCAUAGCAGAAAUGUUCAUUUCAGGUGUUGUAAAGUGUUUGUAAUCCACCACCUUUUUGUACUUUACUUUCAGUUUUGUUUUACAUGCUGUAACGACCGUUACAUGCAGGGACCUGGCACUUCUCUUUUUUUACCCUGAACGAUAUGUUAGCGCUCUCGCGAGAGGAAGAGUGGGGAAAAGCAGGUUGUAGCCCCUUCUUUUUUUCAAAAGUGUCUAGGUAAUGCUGUGUGCAUGCAAGGUCCUUGUAAUUGUGGGUACGUGUGUUCAGUUUGGGUUAAAUAAAGGUACCCACCUCUGGAAGUCACCGACUUCCGUGUGCGGUAGCCUUAUUUGGCCACGAGUUGCUGCACAGCCCCGAUUCAAGAACUGCACCACACGCUCCGGACAGAAAGAAUUCGGAGUCACGCAGGUGCUUUUAUUUUGUGCCCUGAUGGAGAGAGCAGACUCCCCUGUACCCAGCUGUGUUUCCCUGAAGAGUGACAGGUCAAUGGUUCAUCCACCUGACUUCAGAGAGGGAACUUUUCCUACAGAUCAAAGAGACCAGAUGGAAGAAUCCAGUUCAGAUCUACAUGAUAAAUCGGGUUUAUCAUCCAUAUUGAAGUCACUAGAGGAAAAAGCCAUAAAGUUCCUAAAGGAUGAGCUGAAGAAGUUUGUGAGGUACCUAGAUCAGAAUUACCCAGAAUGCUCUGAGCCUCAGCUGGAGGAGGACAAUGACCUGGGCAGUGAUGGUCAGAUGCAGAAGACCUGUGGUAGAGAGGGAGCUCUGAUGAUCACACUGUACAUCCUGAGGACCAUGAAGCAAAAUGAUCUUGCUGACAUGCUGGAGAAGAGUAAGAGCCUCAUAACAUUCUGUACAUGUACAGUACUGUGCUAAAGUCUUAGGCAGCCAGAGAGAAGGAUCUUCAUGUUGGUGUGUGAGCCAAUCCAAAAACUUUCAUAAAGUCACCCCAGUGUUUGCAGAAAUCGUACAUCCAUGUAUUUUUUGACUUGACCACUAACACACCUCAUGUGGC